GCGUGGGAUGCAUCUUGAACGAGAGGAAGGGGAGCAACGAUUAAACCAAGGAAGAAAAAGAAGGAGAAGGAGGGGGAGGAGGAGCUGUUUGAUCCGUUUCCCCUGAAAAGAAGGGAAAGUUCGAUAUUCGUCCGACCAGGAUCCACACCGUGUUCCGUUCCUCGGUCUAUAGAAGAUUCUGUGGACGGUGUUCGUAUAACGGUACCGUCGGGUUCCUCGCACGUCGUGUCGCGCCGCGUCGCGACGCAUACCUGCCGCCGCCGCCGCCGCCGUUCAAUCGAGCCGGGGCCCCCGAGUGUCGAUGUCUACAUACAUACAUACAGCCGUGUGGCGUGUUACGUCGACGCAUGCUGGCUGCGUUACGUGCGCCUGGAUCCACGUAUACAUGUACGAACGCAUUUUGCCGCGGCGAGACGAGCUGAAUGCCAAUCGGCACGCGAACCAUCGUGCCCGAUCCGCAACAGGACGCGAGAAAGAGAGAGAGAGACGAGGGAAGGCUCAUAAAGUUAUGCUCGUUUUAUUGCGAAUAUUUUGACUCGGUCGAGCAUCGAGACUCAGGCACGUGUUAUCAUUUGUUGCCGUUGUCGUCUUCAUCGAUGAGAGCGUUGCGGUGAAUAACUAAAAUCGUAUACGUUCGUAUACGUAGCUGACUAAUUCGAGAGAACGCGCGAGAUGCUCGAAAAUUCCGUUGCUCGAUCGAAUCUCGCAAAUGCGAAAGAGUCGCCUCUAUUUCCGUAUCUUUCGUCGAUUUGAGUUGAAGUUAAUCUCACGAAUUAUCGAAGGAAAAAAUUUCCAUCAUCCCUGAUAGUAUUCUUUUCGUUUGUAUAUAUUGUUUAUCGCGGAGUAAUCGUUGGAAGCGAGACAAGGAUCGUGUGAAAUUGGCGUAAAAUCGGGCCGAGGUGGCCGCGUCUUGGAUCGGCGAAAACGCACCGAUUCGCAUGGUUUGCAACGAGUGGCAUUCACGGAUCGGACGAAUACAGCGUGCGUGAUAAUCGGUUGCGCCGAGAAGAAUCCGCCGCGCGUUGGAUGACCAGCAAAGGAUGGGCGAGCAUUGUGCGGCGUGGAAAGGAGCAAAAGUGUAUCGCGGCGCUUCGAAACGCUUUUUGCGCCUCGAUUUUCCAGUCUCUCUCGGCCGGGAGAGAGAGAAAAAUUGGAGGCAAUUUCAGAGCGGGGUCGGGCUUGCUACACUUUGUUCGCGUGUUAUCCGAGCCGAUUGGAACAAUUCGCAGGUGCGAACGACCACGAGGCCGAAUACGCCCGUUGAUCGAGCAGCGUGUAGUACAAGUAUCGAAAAGAUAAUACAUUUAAAGGGGAGGUCUCGCUCGCGUUCCCCCUUCGAUUAAAAUCGCGGCGCGCGCGUGCUAUUGCCACAACGAACGUUUCUAUUCAUCGAAGGGGAAGUUGCAGUUUCAUCGGACCGCGAUAAAAGUACACGGAUACAAUAUCUCGUGGAGAUAGCGAUCGAAAUGAAUCGCCGCUCUUAAUAAUCGCGCGAUGAUUAAAAUUACGUACGUGGCGAACGAUCGAUCACGCGUUUCGCUUUCGAAAUAUUCCAUUUUCGGAAUCUCUUUCCUCUAAUCUCGAAUAAUUUCACGCGCGUCCACUCGUCCGAGCCUUUUUUCGGGACUUAAUCAACGGUGUUUAUUAAAUAACGACACGCUCGACGGAUAUUCUUAAUUAAUCUUAACUUGUCUCACCGAUUGGGGAAAGAGUCUCGUUACGGUCGAUGAUUACGUAAAGGUCCAGGAGUGGAAUCCAAACUCGAAUUUACACGGAAACUUCGAAGGAAGGCGGUGAGCGUGGUUCUUGCGGUUUGAAAAAUACCGCAAAGGACAAUAUCGGUGAUUACGAGUCGAACAAGCCGAUUGGGAACAGAAAACGAAAUUGAAUUCCAUUGCCGUACUAUCGGAAGUAAUUUGAUCGUAGCUAGGAAGUCGCUUUUUCCUUUUCUACGCUUUCUAUGGGAGGACUUUCAUCGCUGAGUUUACUUGCUUUGCGCGCAACUGUGCGGCCGCGAAUUCCGUCGUUCGUUUCAUUGCGGAAAUAAAAAAUUUUAAAAAGAGAAAAAACAAAAUGGGUAAAAAAAAGAAAAUACACGAAGAACGGAAUAGGAGGGGAGGAAGUAUAACGCUCUACACUGGAACGGAUCUCCAUCGAUUGGACCACGAUCGUCGGCAUACCGUCGCAUCGUACCGUACAAUUUACGGAUAAAUUUUAAACGCAGGCACAAUGUCCCGCAGCGAUGAGCGUAAAUAGCAAAGUUACGCGAGCCCCAGUCAACUUCUGCGCGAUGCUAUGAUCAGCGUUACGAGUUACAAACGCUACUUUCACUCGAAUUCUUCGGUUUUUCUCUUUUUUUCUUUUCUUUUUCUUUUUCCUCUUCUUCCUCGCAUACGGCUCUUCUCUGCAUACGAAAUAUCGGGGCAGGGGAGGGAGAAGACGAUACUAGUCGAAACGGUCGUCCCGUUAAAACGGUCGGCACGAUACGAUUUCCGUGGGCAAGACGUAGUUAAGAAGAAAGCGCAAAAACGCAGCGGCGUUGGCAGCCAUUGAAGGGUAGGAGGGGAGGAGGUGGAGGAGGAGGAGGCAGGAUCUUUGGAGCGGCGAUCGAGCAGCUGCCAAGGAUUCGGAUCCCGAUCCCGCGGAGAGCCGCGUAAACGCGCAUCAGGGACUCAUUCCCUCGUCCGAGAUUCGUCUGGAACGCAGAAGAAGAGGGGUGGGUAAGUAGGGUGAGAACGAUGAUCGCGGAGGGGAUGGGUGGCCGUGUGGAACAGCAGUCUGGCCAGUUGAUUACGAUGCCGAAACGAGUGGCGGGCCAUCUCUCCAACCAGUUUCGGACAGUGUCUUCGACUCGAACGAGGCCUGUGUAGAGAGAAACCCUCCCUCUCUCUCUCUCUCUCUCUCCCCUUCCCUUCUUCUCGAGGAGAUACGCCACCAGGCUCUUUUGGCCGUGGUGUUGUGGUCGGACGAGGAACGACGGAGAGAGAGAGAGAGAAGGAAUCGGGAGAAGGAGGAGAAAGGUAAGAAGGAAAGCGUGGAAGAGGAGGAGGCGCGGAUGGAUAGAGAUAGAAAGAGGGAGAGUAGAAGCAGCAGAAGCAGCAGCACCAGCAGCAGUACCAGCAUCAGCGGCAAGCAGCCAGCAGCGGCGCAAGAAGAGACGACGGAGGAGGCGACAGCCGAGCUUAAGUUUCGGUUUCGUUCGUUUCGCGCCUGCUCUGCGUCGAACGGGAGCCGAGAGUGAGCGCUGUGGAAAGAGAAGGAGAGGGGGGAGGGAGAGAGAGAGAGAGAAGAGGUGCACGAUCGGAGCGAGGACGAGCGAAGGAGACGGAACGAGUCGGGAGAGGGAGAGAGUCGGAGAGACAGGAAAAAGGGGAGGAGGAGAGAGAAGGAAAAGCGAUUGACGGCGGUGGAGGCGGCAGGAGGGUGGAGAGAGAGGGCGAGUGCAACGCGGCAACCAGGGGGUGGAGAGAGAGGCGGCAGCCGAGGCGAACAGACUUCACCGGCGCUCUGCUCCCAAUAACGACUCUCGCCCUCGGUCAGUCGCGCGCGAACCGCGGAGCCGCGAGCAUCUCUUCGUUUCUCUCUCGCUCUGCUCUCGCCGAACGAUACCUGCGUUUCGAGCCGCGUACACGUGCGAACCCGCGAGAGCGCAACGGAGCGAGGGAGACACAAGUGGACAUAAACACACAACACACACACUCACACAGGGGACUCACGACCCGGUUAUUACUCGAAUUUAUUAUUGCUAUUACUAUUAUUAUUAUUAUUAUUUUUAUUUUUAUUAUUAUUAUUAUUAAUUGGAAUCACUGCCAAAUACCUCGGAGAGGUGGUAUCGUCGUCGUGGACGGGUGAAUCGAUCUUGUCUCGUUUCUACGUUUUACACGGUACACGGCACGAUAUAUAUAUAUAUUUGGAGAGACAUGUCGGUGCUUACGGGGAAUCGAAGCUAGCGGGUGGUUAGUUAUUAGGAUAGGCGAAGGAAUGCCGAAGAGAGGAGAAAUGGAAUGGUCGAUGGUUGACGAGUGUUGAGGCCAGUUGGGAGACCGAUAGAUUCCCGCGAGAUUUAUCGAGGGAAAAAUUUACGGAAGGAGGGAAGGAAGGAAGGAAGGCUGGUUGGUGACUGUUUCGACUCGAUAAGCUUAAGAUACGUGUUCGAUGGGGGGAAACUCGUAACUCCAAGUUAUCCAAUGGUGGAAAUAGUCGUGGCGCGGUAUCGACGUGAUAAUCGAGUGGCGAGUGGUGCUCGCUGCAUCCGGAGAUACACGCAGCUGGUGACCGAGUGAGAGAAGGGCGCGGAAAGGCGAUCGCGACGAGGCACGACGAGUACACGGUCCGAAAGGAACGACGAGACACGACGACGCAUCGCGCAACAACGGAAAAGCAAAGUGACAAGCGGGAACGAGUGCGUGGUAUAUAAAAGUGCGAACUGGUGGAGCGAGCGAGCGAGUUACCGGGCGGUUCGAGGCUGCCAGUGGCGCGCGGACCAAGAAGAAGAAGAGGAAGAAGAGGAAGAAGAAGAAGAAGAAGAAGAGGAAGAAGAGGAGGAGGAGGAGGAGGAGGAGGAGGAGAAGGAAGGGAGGGAGUGCAGCGAACACCAUAGAGGACAACGCUGUUGCUAUUUUCGAGCCCGCCAAAUAUCUGAGCGCACGGUGCUGUUCGCUGCUGUCUACGCUGGCCCUGCUACGCUCUUUCUUCGCCACCGUCCACGUUCCUCCAAAGCGCAGCGAUUCUGCGCCGAUGACGCAUGGCCCUGACCAAACAGGGGGACAGAGAGAGAGAAAGAGCGAGAAAGAGCGUGAAAGAGAAGCCACAUGUAGAGCGGGAGAAGGAGCGAGAGAACGGCGUGUAUGACAGGUUGACCGUUCGAAUGGAAGUCGUUUGAGCGGUCGAGAGGAUCCUCCCACGAGGAAGAAUCCCGGUUAGAGAGAGUGAAGAGAGCUGCGAGGAGAGAGGGAGGGAGAGAGAGAAGACGAGAGGAACACGGGAUAGCGGAUCGGUAAUAAUCGAGAUACAAUGGCGGGCGAAGACACGCAAAUCUUGGCGAACGGAAACGUGGAGGCGCUGACGAUAAUUCCACCGAAAAUGGCGAACGGGAACGGGCUGAUCUGCGGGAAGCAGCACAACAACAAUGGAUCGAUACCUAAUGGAAAGUUGCACGAAAUAACAGCGGCGGAAAACGGGAAAUUGAUCAUGUCCGACGAGAAGUCGAGCAGCCUUCACACGGAGUUCGAUGAUGCCGAUGUGUCUUGCGGCUGGGGCCCGUGCAGGCCACACUGGCUUCAAUAUUUCGCCACGAAGCAGGCCUUCCUGGUCACCUUCUGCAUCACCUGGGUUGGUUUGGGUUCUUCAGGGAAUGUACUACACGUACUUCGUCUCGGUGAUCACGACGAUCGAGAAGCUGUUCCAGAUACAGUCGAAGACCACCGGUAUUAUAAUGUCAGCGACGGAGAUCGGGCAGAUCGGUUCCUCUCUCCUGCUUACGUAUUACGGGGGCCAAGGUCACCGGCCUAAGUGGAUCGCUUGGGGCAUGAUCCUGUUCGCGGUGAGCUCGUUCACCUGCUCGAUGCCCCAUUUCAUCUUCGGUGAACAGCUGAUCCAUCAGAACGAGAUGUUUCUCAGCGGGGUCGAGGGUGGUGACCCGAACAACACCCAUCCCAUUCCUGCCAACCUCUGCAAAUUGCAGGAACGAUCGGAAAAUUCUACGCUCGACAGCUGGAUCUCGUCCACGACUCAAAUGUACACGAUGAACGACUGCAAAGGCGACUCGUUGACGGAGCAGAGGAUACAGAGCAAAAUAACCACGGUGGUCCUGGCGAUAUUUUUCGUCUCCUUGUUGGGCGUUGGAAUGGGUCAGACGGCGGUCUACACCCUCGGUAUCCCCUACAUCGAUGACAAUGUGGCCAGCAGAGAAAGCCCGCUCUAUUUCGCGAUCACGAUCGGAGUGAGGAUCCUCGGUCCAGCCCUGGGCUUCAUUCUGGGCUCGUUGUGCACCAUGAUUUACGCGGAUUUGUCGGCGAAUCCGCAAAUCACGCCGACGGAUCCGAGAUGGGUCGGGGCAUGGUGGCUUGGUUUGGUGCUGAUAGCCGCCAUGCUGAUGUUGGUAAGCAUUGGAAUGUUCGCGUUCCCGACGCGGUUGCCCGCGAGCAGGACACCGCCGAAACGAGCCGAUGCGAAAAAGCCUAGUCUCCGAGACUUCCCUAAAGCGGUGAAGAGGCUGUUGAAGAACGACAUUCUUAUGUUCCGGACGGCCAGCAGCGUGCUGCACAUCCUACCGAUCGCCGGCCUCUACACCUUCCUGCCAAAGUACCUCGAGAGCCAAUUUCGCUUGCCAGCUCAUCAUGCGAACAUGAUCUCAGGUGUCGGUGGUAUUUUAGUAAUGGGUUUGGGUAUUAUAAUUAGCGGAGUGUUUAUCCUGAGGGCGAAGCCUAACGCCAGGUUCGUCGCAGCCUGGAUCGCCUUCACAGCUGUAAUAUACGCGAUCGGCAUGGGUGUUCUCAUGUUCAUCGGUUGCCCUAUGGACGAUUUCGCCGGUCUAGUUUCCCAUUCCGACGGAUUGUCCAGUUUCGAGCCGACCUGUGAGGCUACCUGCGACUGCGUUCGGAACAAGUUCAGCCCGAUUUGCGGUGCCGAUGGUAAAACGUAUUUUUCCGCGUGUCACGCGGGCUGCUCCAAUUACACGAUCGUCGAUGGCAAAGUUUCAUCGUUUUACAACUGCCAGUGUAUCGGGUCGAAUCUGACAACACCGGAAACGGCAAGCACCGCGACGAUCGGUUACUGCGAGCUCGAGUGCAGUAACUUUUGGGUUUAUAUGGUCCUGUUCUCGGUGUUCGUUUUCAUACACUCGACCAGCGAGGUGGGCUCCAUGCUGUUGAUCCUCAGGUGCGUGGAUCCACGGGACAAGGCGAUGGCUUUGGGCCUCAUACAAUUCGCCAUCGGCCUCUUCGGUAACGUCCCGUGUCCAAUCGUUUAUGGUGCUGUGGUGGACUCCGCUUGUCUCGUAUGGGAAUACGCUUGCGGCGAGCGAGGUGCCUGCUGGCUUUACGACUCGAAUGUCUUUAGAAUGUUCUAUCAUGGUACCACGGGUGGAAUCCUGAUUCUCGCUUUCGUGGUGGACAUAGUGGUGUGGUACAAGGCCGGGAGCAUCAGCUUCGUGGAGGAGCAGGAAGCGGAAGAGGGCACGGUUGAGGAGAUGGCCACCCUCAAGUCGCAGGAUGCGCAGGCAGUGGACAACGACUAUUUGUGAAGGGGUCCCGGCCGACUUCGAUGGUAUCUCAUGAAGCGCAGGCCUGAAUAUAGCGUCGUAAAAAGCGGGACAAAGGCGUAACGAGGCGUUCCUAACUGACGAGAACUCGGUGCCAGUAGCUCGAGACCGGUCGGUCGACGGUCGAUCUUCUCGUGUCCACGUUUUUGGGGGAGGAGGGUUCCUUUCUUUUCUUUUUUUUGUUUUUUCUUUAUGGAAACCCAACCCACCGAAAAGGGAAAAACCCGGUUGUCCCUUUCGCGAGGAGGAGCGAGGGAAUAAGCGAGAAUCCAAGAGCGAAUUCAAGUCCCUUCGACGACACUGGUGCUCGCGUCGAUCGGCCACGAAACAGAGUCCAGGACUAUCGGGACGACGACGGACUGUUGGAGGAGCCCAAGUCCUUGGAAGUGGAAACGUUCGUAAUUUCCACGGAAAGGCCGUGAUUUCGAAUCGUACGGGGAAGAAAAAGAGGGAGGAGAGAUACAGAGGAAGGCGAACGGAUCGAUAAUCAACGAUUUUGAUUUUUCUUUGAGUGAGCGAUAUAUAUGUAUAUAUAUAUGUAUAUAUAUAUACAUAUAUAUAUUGGAGAUGCGAAUGACGGAGAAGAUUGUCUUCCGGAGAUUGGCAUCGAGGAACAACGAUUUGAAAUGUAAGCGAAACGAAAGACGAGUACACGAAAGAGGAAGGAGGAAGUAUCGAGACGCGACGAUUUUCGUGCGGGAAAGGAAGGGGGAGGAAAAAUUGGAAAAACGAUGAUCGACACGGAAAUGCGAAACGCACCAGCGUAUAUUCUCUCGGCACGCGAGAUUCUCGGAUCUUGGGCGAGCUUCUCUUAGGCAUUACCGUCCGUGUUUCAUUCUGCAUAUACACCUAGGCGUAGGCAACCUGUACAAGCGAUGAUUUACGAUGUGUGCAUGCGUGUCGGUAAUAAUUCGUUUUGUUGUUUGCAAAAGAAAAAAAAAAAAUGAACAAUGAAUGGAGGAUCAUAGGGGUAUAAUUAUUAGAGAGGAAAGGAGGAGAGAAUCUGAGAGCGAAUGGGGAAAAUAAGAAGAGAAAUACAUAGGACAUAUUUUUAGACGAUUUGACGAUGAAAAAGUCGAGAGAUAAAAAGGGGGGGGGGGGGGGGAGAAGGGGGAGAGAACAAAUAAAAUAAACGUUAAAUAUUGAUACGGUACGCGUACAGGAAUAGAAAAUACGGAAGCUAGGGAAGAAGCGAGGAUGAAUAAAAAAAAAAAAAGAAAAGGAAAUUAUAAAAUUAACGAGAAAAAGAAGAAAUGAAAAGAUUGAACAGCUGUAUUUUAAUACGAUACACUUUACACUCUUGUGUGGGACACUUGUCGAUGUAUGCGCGUCUGCCGCCUGUGCUUUUAGUGCUUUGAGCGUUCAUCGUUUUUUGAAUCCUGUUGAAUGGCCGAUUACAUCAAACCAUUGAACCAUCUUUGCCCGAUACAUCUCUUUUAUUUAAAUUUUAAACGAUUAAUAGUUUUAACGAUCUGGAACCGAAUUAAUUUUUAAUCGAAGUAGGAUAUAUUUUCUAAAUCGACAAAUAAACGCGAAUUUUAUGAUCAAAGAGAGUUGGAUGAACGAUCGCUAUCUUGUAUAAUGCGGCGAAACGAAAGAGAGGAAAGAAAGUUAUUCCGGAGAAGGAAGAAAGAGAGAAGGAAGUGAAAAAUUAAAAGUGUAUGCGUUAAUGCGCUAUGAAAUUCGCGAAUUAUUCGAUUCAGGGGCAUUGCUGAUGUAUUAUCGUUUUGAGUUUGCAAUCGAAGAACAUUUGGCUAAAUUAAACGAAAAAUUAAAUAAUAUUCUAAUUCUAAAUUUCCUUGUCCGACUUGAUUAAAAAUUAUAUCUUUGGAGAAUUUCAAUUUUCGAUUUCAAAAGACUCUUGAAAUUCUUUUUAUGCUCCAAUAGAAAAAUUGUUGGCAAAGCUACUAAACGAUAUUAUACAAGAGCCAAUUGUUCCUUCGAAACAAUUCCAAAAGAAAAAAAAAAAGAAAAAAGGAUACAUAAAUAUAUAUAUAUACAUAUACAUACAUAUAUAACAUAAGCUCUAAACGAGCUUUCAGACUAAUAAACGAUCUAUUGCCAGUCCAGAAGUCAUCAUGAUCAUUUUAACGCGAAAAGGAGUAUAACUAUUUUCUUUCUCGGAUUUUAUCGUUUAUUUAGAGAAACAUCAAAAGAAAAAGAGGAAAAAAACAAAAAUAAAAACAGAAUUCAGAAUUUCUUCUGGGCUAUGGUAGGACGUAAUAUCUAUCCCUUUUAUUUGAGGGUAGUUUCUCAUGUUUCGCACAGGAUAAACUACCCUCGCAUCGAAAGGGUUGAACGAGUUACAUAUAUAUAUAUAUAUAUAUAUAUAUACAUUGUAUGUAUCGUGUGUGUGCGUAUGAGUGCGUGUACAGUCGUACAAGUAAAUCAUUGACGAUGCAAUUGAGAAAGGAUUGCACAGGGGCGGAUACGGCUUUCCGUACGCCCGUUGAUCUCCAUCGAGAAUUGUAUUUUUGUAUUUCGAAGCGACACAUAAUCUAUAUUUUAAUCGAUCACAAUUUAAUCGUAUAUGUAUAUAUAUACAUACAUAUAUAUAGAACAGCACGUAAUUAACACAGAGCCAAUUCCACCCUUUGACGCGAUUCAUUUCUCGAGUAUCAGCUCUCGACUCGUGUAUCAUCGUUCGAUUUGAUUUUCCAUUCUAUUUUUCGCUCGUCCACCUCUCGAUGGAGGAACGAAAAUGAAAAUGUGAACGAUCCCAGGCUGUAUUUUCGUUUUCUUCUUUCUUCGUGUCAACACCAUCGCCACAUUUGUGUAAAAUUAAAUCGCGAUACUUCUCGCUACGAUUUUUUGGACGGAGCAAGCGAUGAAAUAACGAGCGAUGACAAUAUUUUUGCAAAGAAAAGAUUAGGGUUGCUCUGGAUAUCUGCUUUACAACGUGCUGCUCGUGUUCUGCUUAUCGGGGCGAGGUUUAUCGCGUGGGACGAUAAAAAUCGAGAAGAAGGUGUUUAUUAUAGUUUUAUUAUUAAUAUUAUACGGGAACGAGAGAUAUCUACGUACAAUUUAAUCAAGAUAAUCGUUUCACUUGCGAGACAUAGUCCGGAUGGAUGAAGUGGACGCGAUUUAACCCUCGUCUUGGCAGAAGAGUUUUCGAGAGUCUCUCUCUUUCUUAGAAUCGCGAAGCUAUUUUAAAAGUUCCAAGAUUUAUCCUCCCCCCCACGAAACACGUAGACGUUUAAUAGAUUAUUAGAGUGUUUGCAUGCAGUUUUACGCGCAGAAUUCACGCAUGUUGCCUGGUGCAACUUUGCCAAGGGAAAGGGUCAAAAUCUACGUCCUCCAUCGUCGCAAGACUGUUAACAAAUUCCCCUAGGUUUUUUUCCCCUCUUAAGGGAGCAGAGUCGAUAAUUCGAGUCGUCUCUCGAUGAUGAUAUUUAAUCGAUAACAAAGUUUUAAACACGGCCUUUAUUAUAUCGAACGGACAAGAGUAUUUUCACGAUCGAAGCCGUGUGUGUUUCGCAAAUUUUAUGUCCGUUCCAAUUAUUUUUAAUCGCAUUUUUUUUUCUUUAUCCUUUCUCCAACGAACGAACCAUGCGUCCGUCGCAGACAUAUUUUUCCUGCGAACGAAUCUGGAAGGGAAACAAUGACGACGACGACGACGACGAUAAUACGCGUCUAUAUUCUCGUGAAGAAAACUCGAAAGACGCAAUCUGAGUUAUUUGAAUUUGACGAUAAAACGAUUUGGCGAGGAUAAAUGCGAUUAUGUAAAUGAGAACGAUAAUUUUUUGAACGAAGGUAUGAGGAUGAAAGUGAGAAUCUACGAAAGAAUUUUAUUCUGUCUUAUUUCGUUUCCUUUUCGGGAUGGGUACGAGAAAGGAGGGAAGAGUUAGAUCUCUCGUGAAUGGUGUGUAUUUGGUGUGCGUUUGCCUUUCAAUGCUCGAUAUACUGUAUACAUUACUGUAUAUUAUGUGUACGAUAGAGCUGUACAUAUAGGAAAGUACAAUAAUUGCUAAAAUAAUCAUGGCGUGGAGCGACAGAGUCUCAAUCUUUAUUCCGUGUGUUGCGCCAGUCAGUUUAUCCAAGAUAGGCGAAUGAUUCUUUGCAAAAUUACGAUACGAAUUUUAAACACUUAACCUAAUAUUUGAUAUCGAUGAAGAUUUUAAAUACGGCGAGAUGGAGAGUUUUUAUUCUGAUCGUAUCCCUCGCCCCCCGAAUCAUUCGUCUAUCGCCAGUGCUAAUUGCGUCACUGUGAGAAUUAACGAUGACAAUGAUGACGAACAAUGGAAACACUGCCCUCUUAUCUGCUACUACUACUACUGCCAGUAUCAAUGAAAACAUCCGUUUCGAUGAACUAUCAAUUGAAUCAACUGCCAACAUUUCACCAAUCGUAAUAUUCUUCACGAUGCAAUAAACACGCUCAAGAUACAUUGGCCUUAGGAAACGUCGUCCUCCCGGCCUAGGGCCUACAACUUGUUUCUCUGAAAGAAAUAAAUUUCAUGCGGUAACUUUAUUCCUGCAUUUAUUUUGAUUACUUAACUUUUGCUUAAUUCAAAAAGAAUACUUUUUUUUUUCUUCUUUUUUUAACGACGAAUAAUAUAAAUUGCAAACGUUCCAUUUCUCAUAUCGAUCGCCUUUUUCUCAGCAUUUAUUAUAAUUACGAAUUACGUAUUAAAGUUAAAUUGUAACGUUGUACAUCGUUGCGUGUAAUCUUCACAGUUUCGUCGAAUAGAUUAACACAGUUUUAUUUAAGAAGGUAAAGGAAUAAAAAAGAAAAAAGAAAAAUGAAACGAUCACUGGCGGAACACAGAAUACCAAUAAUAAUUAUAUUUUAGUAAAAAAAAGAAUUUAUCAGUAAUAUACUUGUAGGAUAAUCGGCCGCGGGAGCGGGCACUACGGUUUUACCUAAUUACGAUGUAGUUCUAUAAGAGAACCAUAAUUGCUAGUCUUUAAUUUUCGACGUGCUCGCGUGUACUCGCACGUCAUUUGCGGAAUAUAUAAUGGAUGUUUUAAGAAUCCCUCUGUCGGGGCAAUUUUAUCAUUCUGCGAACGAAUUUUUCUAUUUUAUUUCUUUCUUUUCUUUUUUUCUAUCCCUCCAGUCAUUUUUAAUCGUGCUUCUAAUUAUUCUUUGCCUAAUAUUUCAAUCGUUCUCUUUUUGCGACAAAUCUUCGAAUCUCAUCGUUAGAUCAAUCUCUAUAUUUUUAAUGAGAAAAAAUUGUACAUACCAUGCCGAAUAAAAAUUCGUUUGUUUCUCUUCUUUCAAAACAACCUUCACGUCGCGAAAAAUGUUAAAGUUGCCUUCGACAUUCUAACUAUUCACGUAACGUAUAUACGUGUGUGUAUCAGGCGUGUGUAUCAGGAAGGAUUAAAAGUUAACGAAGUGCAGGGAAUAUGAUAAACGACGAAUAAGAAGAAGAAGAAGAAGAAGAAGAAGAAAAAAUAGAAAAGAAGAAUAUAAUGCCAUUUUUAUGUAUACAUAUAUUGUACUAAUGAUUAUUAUAAAUUUUUUUUUUGUUUUAUUAA